AUGGCUUCCACGCUUGUGCCCAUCGCUUCCCAGACCUACACGCCGGCCGAGGAGACGGAGAUCCAGAAAUGGACCGCGGCCGCAGCAGCGGUGGCAGCCGCCGCUGAGCCGGCCGCACAGUCGCCGGUGAUCGCCGAGCUGAACGCACACCUGGCCUCGCGCACCACCGUGCUGGGCGUGAAGCCAUCCAAGGCCGACGUGGCCCUGUACGAGUCGCUAGCACCGGCCGUCAAGGCCUGGACACCCGAGCAGCGCACCGGCCAGGCAGGUCAUCCGCACGUCGUCCGCCUGCUCGACUUUGUGCAGAGCAGCCCGCUUUUCGGGCUCGCCGUGGCCGACGCCGACCGGAUCGCCGUCGACGCCGACGAGAUCUUGUACGUGGCGCCACCCAUCGACCCCAAGGCCGAGAAGGAGCGGCUCAAGAAGGAGAGAAGGCAGCCGCGGCAGCAGCAGCUGGCCAGGGAGGCUGCAGCGGCACCGGCAGCAGAACCGGCACCAGCAGCCGAGGGCAAGAAGAAGGAGAAGAAGGAGAAGAAGGAACGGGCACCAAAGCAGCCAAAGGCUCCGGCCGCAGCAGCUGUGCCGGCAACGCCUGCCCUUAUCGACCUGCGCGUCGGCCACGUCCUCAAGGCCAUCAAGCAUCCCGAAGCCGACUCGCUUUUUGUCUCGACCAUCGCUAUGGGCGACGCCAAGGGCAUGCCCGACACCGAGGAAUACGAAGGCCAGGUCGUGCGCACCGUCUGCUCCGGUCUCAACGGACUCGUCCCGCUCGAGGAGAUGCAGGGUCGCCGUGUCGUCGUCGUCUGCAACCUUAAGCCCGUCAAGAUGCGCGGCAUCAAGUCCGCUGCCAUGGUCCUGGCCGCCUCGCCCCGUCUGGCCGAAGGCGAGGAGGACCAUCACGGCGGUCCCGUCGAGCUGGUCAACCCCCCGCCCGAUGCUCCUGCUGGCGAGCGCGUCUUCUUCCAGGGCUGGCAGGGCGAGCCCGAGAAGCAGCUAAACCCCAAGAAGAAGGUCUGGGAAACCUUCCAGCCAGGCUUCACCACCACCGACGACCUCGAGGUCGGCUUCGACGCUGCCGCCGUCAAGGACCUCGCCACCACUGGUCUUGGCAAGCUUGUCACUGCUGCCGGCCAUGUCUGCACCGUCAAGUCCCUCAAGGGCGCCACUGUUCGGUAG